UUAGUAAACGACAAAACUUUAUUUUUUUGCGUGUCAGUUCAUAAAGUGUCGAAAGAAAGUCGUCAUUGAAAUUUUCACGAAUCGAGACAUCAGCAAUAAAUAAAUUCUGAAAUAUGUUUCGCCUUUUUGUGGUAAUGACGAUGCUCUUUAUGACGAUUGACGCGCGAUUAAACAGGACUUCGUUGCACGAGAUGGAUGGGGAAUCUUCGGAAGAAGUUGGCACCAUCUUGCAAGAAGUCCCUUCGUUAGGUAGUAAUCUUCCUUCAGUAAGUUUGACCAAUUACGAAAACAUACUUUACUAUGGCGACAUUCAAAUUGGGGUACCACCUCAAAAAUUUAGAGUUGCAUUUAGUACUGAUUCCGCACAUUUUUGGAUAUUUUCUCAACAUUGCACACUGUCUUUUUGUUUACGAUAUAAUAGAUAUAAUAGUAUCAAUUCCUACACAUAUAUAUCACGUAAAACUAAUAUUGAUUUAAAAUACUUGGAUUACAAAGUACAUGGUUUUCUAUCUACUGAUAUAGGGAAUGUUGCCAACCUCACUGUAGCGAAUCAAAUAUUUGUAGAAGUGAUAAACGCAUCAGACAUAAAUAUAAUAUUUGAUUCAUAUGCAACUAUACUUGAUACACACAGAUUUCAUGGUAUGGUAGGCCUGCUAUCUACCAAAUUAUAUACUGAUGCAUUUACGAUAACGCCUGUCUUCGGCAACAUGAUUCAACAAGGUCUAGUGUCAUCACGCAUUUUUAGUUUUUAUCUAAAUAGAAACACUUCAUCUAAUUUUGGUGGCAAAUUGAUAUUCGGUGGUUCCGAUCCUGCUUAUUACGAAGGGAAUUUUACAUAUGUUCCUGUUAGUGUCCAAGGAUAUUGGCAAAUUAUUAUAGAUAGUAUCGAAAGAAAUGAGGUUACUUGGUGCGAGAGAUUCUGCCAAGCUAUCAUUGAUACAAGUGUUUGGAGAAUAAUUGGACCAGAAAGUGAUAUUUCACUUAUUAAUCGAUACUUUAUUGAUACUGGUACACGGGGAAGAAUAAGCUGCCAUAGAAUUUCUGAGUUGCCUACAAUCACGUUUAAAUUGGGUGGUAAAGCGUUUAAUCUUACCGGUAAAGAUUACACCAUUCGGGAUCUAAAUAAUGAUAAUCUAUGUGUAAGCGUCUUCAUGAAACACCACGACCCAACAUUUGAGAGUAAUGCUAAUUUAUUUAAAUUAUGGAUUCUGGGCACGCCAUUUAUAGGCCGUUACUACACUGAGUUUGAUAUAGAGAGAGGCCGAGUGGAAUUUGCUUUGGCGAAAAAUGUAUAGAAUUUACCAAAACCCAUAGAGAAUUCUACAUUGCCUCCUAUUAUUGAACACUUUAUCAGUUUUUAAUAAUUUGCUUAGUUUUCUACAGCAAAAAAAAUUUAAUUAUUUUUAAUCGUCAACUGGUAAAAACUUUGCGUAUUAUCAAUGUGAAUUCUUGCGUAAUAUGUACAUAGCUAUGUAGUAAUUUUUAACAGCAAUACUUUAUCUUGAAAGUAAUUAACAUGAGCUUAUUGCUAAUUAGAAUGUGCGAAUUUUUGGGAACAGUGUCAUUUGGUAAGUUCUUUGUUGCAUGGCCGUCUAGUCGAUAUAUCAGUUUAUAUUUUUGAUCGGUUUAUAUUUUUGAAAUGAUUAUUACUUCUUCAUUAUCAUUCUUAAUCACGCGCACGUUUAAUAAUUUAUUUUAAUACAAUUUGGUUCAAUUAUGAAACAAAAUAUUUAAAUAAUAUAUUUUUAAAUUUGAUUGAUCGAUAGGAUCGAUAACACGGAUAUGUUUCGAAUGAGCGCGAAUAUUUUGUAUAAAUAACAAUCAUCAUGUCGAUAAAUGAUGGCUCUAGUAGUCGAAUAUAAUUUCUUCUUUGUAUAUGUCUCAACGUACAGAAAGAAAUUUACCAGAAAUUUCGAAAAUAUGUUCCGUUUUAUCGUAGCAGCUGUGUUGCUCAUCGACGCGGAAAUCUAAUGCCAAGUUAAUGCAUUGUAUCGACUGUUACGUAUCGGUAUAAUAUAUGUUGAUUUUAUAAAAUCAAUCUAUCUCGUCAUGAUCACAUUCCAUUUUCUGAAAUCCAAAACCUAUGUAAAUGUGAUUGCAUUCAUGAAAUACUGAUAAAUCCUAAAUAGAAGGUUAUUCAAUGCAAUGAU